UUACAACCUGUUAGGGGAUCCAUGCCGUCCACGCAGAUACUCUUUUCGUGUUAUAUUUCGGCAGACAAAACCAGUGAAAAAAUAGAAUUAUUGUAAAAUCUGUUGUAAAAAGUGAUAGAUACGUUAGCUACAAUGGCUAUCGUACCACCAUCGCUUGCCCAGCUUCAGGCGCAGUUCAAGGAAGUAGUCGAGAAUGUUUUCAAUCGAUGGACAGCACUUCGUCUCGCGGUGGAACACGGAAUGGGUGGAUCGUUGGGUGUGAACACCGCGUUGGAAAUCAUAGACUAUAUUACUUGCUUUUGUACGGAAAAUAAAAAAGUUGAUUCUCACGAUUUGCGGGAAGUUCUCGAGGAGAUCAUGGAUCAAGAAUUCGAAACCAUCUGUGAGGAUGAAUCGAUUGACGAAAUUAGCGAUAUUUUAAUGAGGCACCUUAGCUUACUGAAAGAGAACAAAGUAGACCAGAUAAAGGCAGAAUUAUCCCGAUUAGGACCAUGCGAGAAUUGGAUUAAAUCGGGUAAUCGGAUUAAAAUGCAACAUUUGGAUGAUAGCAGCGGUACCGAGGACGAUGAAAUGGAUUAUCAGGACCAAGAUAUGGAAUCUGUACCAACGACAGGAGCUGUCGGUACGAGCACAACACCGAGUAUACAUGGCUCUACGUCUGACUUUUUAGAAGAGGAUACGGAACCUGGUUGGACACAGGUUUGCCACAGGAGGCGAAAAUAAAGCUUGGUUAUGAUCUACUUAUGGUAAAAGGAGGCUGUAGAUAAAGUACAUCGGUAAGGAAAUCCUGUAA